UCGAGCGGUCAGCUUGCCGCCGACACGAACGGCGCCGCCGCCAUCUUGAUUCCAGCAGACGCGCAGGGGAACUCCGCCAGCCGACAAGAUGGCCAGGAGCAGGACCGCGGAUUUUGUUUUGAUCGUGCAGCUGACCGCGCUGCUCGUUCUGGCCGAGGGCAGGAGCGAGUACACGAAGCUGUUCGAUCGAUGCGCCAGGGAGAAGAACACUUUCGACUGUUUGAAGAAGAGGGCUCUGGAGAUUCUCGACUCGGCGAUCCGGGACGAGACGGUGUACGUGCUGAACGAUUACGUAUCGAUCGCCAGGGACCCCGCGUCUGCCAACAGGACCGCCGACAGGGCGUUCAAAGAAGAGAACGCGACCGAGCUGACGAUCGACCAGAAGCUGGAUAACAAGUUUCACGAGUACUUGGCUUCUAGGAGCGUUCAGCUCACUAUUCCUGGAGAUGCUUUUCAAGGUCGCAAGAAGAAGGACAAAGGCUACGGUGCCCUCCUUAUGGGAGCCCUUGCAGUGGGAGCAAUGAUGGCGCAGCUGGCUUAUGGGAAGAUCGCGUUCCUGGCUGGCACCGCUUUGCUCACGUCGAAAAUAGCGUUGGUUCUGAGCGCGAUAAUCGGCUUGAAGAAGCUGGUGUCAAACCAGGGUGGCGGUGGCCACGAAGUGAUCUACGCGACGGGCUCGGAACACCAUGGAAGCUACGGUGGCGGGUACAGUGGUGGCGGAGGCUGGCAAAGGACUCUCGAAGCUGUCCCCCCUACCUGAGCCAACUCGUUUCGUCGAAUAGAGAUAACAAAUUAAAAGGAUUCACUUAACACUUUAUUUGCCGGAUCAUUAAUAGAGUUUUUUCAAUAAUUAUCUUAUAGAAAAACAGUUUAAUAAUUUUCUUUGAACAACAGUCUCAAAGAGUGAUUGGAUUAUGCUACUCAAGACAAUUCUGUUGAAUCACGAUUGCAAUUUUUAUUGGAAGAUUAUUUAAGGAUUAGAUAUUGAUUAUUAGUGUUCGAUAAGCUGCCGGCAAAUAAAGUGUUAAACUUCGCGUUUAUUUAUUGUAUAUUUAUUGUAAGAGAUAUUGAUAGAGGAUAGAGAUAUUUUUUGUUACCUGUAUAUUUUUCAAAUAAAGUCCGAAGACUGAGAAUUCUGUCGGAUGCUAGUGUAACAAUUGGUUUGAGGAACGUGACAACGGUGUUGUUUAUUGUAGAGGUAAUAUAUUUGUUAAUUUACAUAGUAGGCAGUAGGUGGUUAUUUUAUAAAUAACUGUAUGAGCUGUACCAAAGUUAACAUUUAUUUUCCUAGCAGAUCCGUGCUCUUGUAUGUGUGUUGUAUAAAAAUUGCGUACGACGAGUGGUAAAUAAAUAUUGUACGAGAAACCAUUGUGUUUGAUCUUGCAUCGUCGAUGAGAAUUUUAUUAAGUAUCUUAUGUAAUUAGUGGUAUUGUGUACAU